AUGGAUUUACUCGACGAUGAUGGCGCUGCACUACUGCAGGAGGCUCUUGAUACCCUCGAUGAAGAGCCCUUUGAUGAAUUGGUCCCUCUCGAUCUGGAUCUGGAUGAUAGCGGAGCCAGCAUUUCUCCCGACGACCUCCUCGACAACACAUCCGAGCCCCCAGAUCUCGACCCGCUCAGCUUGGUUGACGGCGAAGAGUCCCAUGAUGAAAACAGUCUAUCAUCGACGGACCUACUGGAGGAACGAGUCACUGCCGUGCGGAAUGGCGAGAAUGCCUUGAUGACCUCGGUGUCCGACUUUACCAGUAUCCUGUCGCGAACCGGCAUCCAUGGACCACGUCAUCUGCAAACCUAUAAUCUCAAGCGCCGCGCAGUCAAGAUUGGCAGUGGCGGACAGUUUACAGUAUACAAGGACAUCCCAGGACGAUUCUUUGGCAACGAAGGGUUGGUGAUCAAACGCGUCAAAGUGUUUCUAUCCCGUGAAGGAAACUCCAGCUUUGCCUCCGGCUCGGACUAUCGUCAACGACUACGGUCUUUGGAGCUGGAAAUACUUGCUUUAUCCAACCCCUACCUCCGAAACCACCGUAACAUUGCCAAACUCGUCGCCUGGGGAUACGAUUACCCUUAUCCCGAUACUCCAGUGCCCGUAUUGUUCGUGGAGGAGGCGCUGAUGACGCUUACUGACCUUCUCAAAAUUGACAACGAGAGGUUACUUGGGUCGCAUCCCCAGGAUGUUAAGUAUCAGCUCUUGCUAGAUGCAGUGUCAGGACUCGAGGCGCUGCACCGGCUGCAUAUCGUCCAUGGAGACGUCAAACCAGACAACAUCUUAAUCUACAAAGAUUCUGCAGGGAAUGAGAAAGUCCCGCUGUGCGCCAAGAUCAGCGACUUUGGGGUCUGCGUCGAUUUAGAGUCCCCUGAAGACAAGCUCACUAUCGAUAGUUACUAUGGAACCGAGGACUGGCGGGCGCCUGAAGCUAGCGAUUACGCCAGGUGGCAGGGCGACGCUUUCAACCCAGAAGUUAUGUUCCGCUUCGAUUCCUACAGCUUGGGAUUGCUCAUUCUAUCCACCUUCAUCAAUCGUGGUGAGCCAGUAAAAGUGAAGAUGCCUGGGGAAGAGCCGAUUGAGGUUGCACUUUAUUUGCUGAGAGAAGAUGCGACCAUCACUGGUCCACUUCGGAUGCAAAUAGGCAAAGCUCUCCGGCAGUUGCUGGCAACGGAUCCCUGGAAACGCAGUCUGGCAAGUCCUGAACUGCUGAAGCUGGAUAUACCUGCAUUUUCAUCCUGGCUUGCCGUGGCACAGGAUACUCGCAAGGUCACUACUAAUGUCGGCAUCAUUGACCCGGCGCACAACCAAGGCCCCAGGUUUUGGUACCGAUUGGAUCCCUCCCUCCUUGCAGAGCUGGAGCAGCAGUUUGCUGAAUCCCAGAGCGACCAAUCCUUGCGACAUGCCGGUGACGUUCUGCUGGGUAUGGCCCAGUGCAUCACUGGAGCCAAGCCGUCGUAUCUCGAUCGCCUGCUCACCUACAUCACUGAGGCUGCCAGAAGUGGCUAUUCCCCGGCUCGAGCAGUAUACUCGCAGGUCAUGCAUGCCCAUGGCCAGACGCCGGCUUUCGACGAACAGACAUUAGAUAAGUGGUUGCUUCAAGCCGUGUCUGAGGGAUACCUCUUUGCGUCACACUCGUCGAGGGUCACAGAGGAGCAGCUGCAGACCGCAAGGCAAACGUUUCGAGAUGCAGGUGGCUUUUGCACAGAUUCCUUUACUCGAAAGCCAGCUAUCCUAGCUGUUGCUCAAGAUAGGAAACGAGCAGAAGAGUGCCUUACAGCGAACAAGAGGGUCGUUGAUAUCAAUGGCAAUACGCUAUUGCAUGUCGCAGCAGCACUGGGCUCCAUCGAUGUGGUUCAAUGGCUUGUGGAAUCUUAUACAAUGCCAGUUGACGUAAUAAACGACAAUGGUGAAACACCGCUUUACAAGGCCUGUCAAGCUGGGCAGACAAACACGGUCCACUAUCUUUUAGACAAAGGUGCAGCUUCCUCCAUGACGACCCGGAGAGACAAGCUGACCCCUUUGCACUGGCUAUUCAUGUUUCCGGAGUGCUCUACAAGCAGCGUUGCGACUCGUUUUAUCCGGGAGGGAGGCGCCAACGUUAAUGCUUUGAUGGUUCCAGAGAGAACCGAGGAAGGUGCAUACGCGGCACGAAGGAACUUCAUGUUUCAUUACCCUUUUGAGCUACCCAUGGGGACACCGUUCCAUUGGGCAGCAUUCGCUCGUAACAUGCUAGCAAUGGAGGUCCUAUUGGAACUUGGUGCUGAUGUCAAUGCCACGUAUCAUGACUCAGACAAUGCGACCACUGCCCUAGGUCUUGCCAGCUGGUACGGAGACAUCGAAGUAUUACGAUUCCUCUUAUCUAAAGGAGCGAACGGCGGAGCAAAGGAUGCACGUGGAAGAAACAUGCUUCACCUGAUGACCUUCCAUCAGCCAGAGUAUCAUGGUCCUCUACGGCAGGCAUGGCAUUACUGGAUACGACACGGAAGUUGGGAUAGUCAUCUUCAGCAGAUGACAGAUAUGGUUGCCGCACUUACUCUGGCGGGCGCGAGUCCCGAAGACCGAGACGAGGUAUAUCCUCGAACUACGGCUGUCGUGAGAGCGGCAGAAGAUGGAGUCUGGAACGGAGGUGCAUUGUGCGCUUUGAUCAAUGCCGGUGCGGAUGUUGAAGGUCCUCGAGGAACUUCGAAGGAUACUGUUCUCCAUCAAUGGGCUAGGAUCACAGGCCCACGGCUCGCCUAUACUGACUCAUACCUUUACGUGCUGCAAAAGAUAGUAUCAAAGAUGACAUCUCUAGACAUUCGGAAUGAUUUCGUCGAAGAGACUCCUCUUCACCUAUUGGUGACAAUUUAUCACACCGAGGAAGAAUUCCGGUCCGCCUGUGAUAUUCUCUUUGCCCACGAUCCCCCACCCGAUGUCAAUUUGGGCGAUCGACAAGGCCUUACUCCUCUGCUGAUAGCCGCGGAUACGAACCAAGUCACGCAGGAUCCCGAACAACGUUUGUUUUAUCUAAUCGCCAAUGGAGCUGAUCUCGGAGCCCGUAACAGAGAGGACAAGGAUGUCUUUUGCCUCUUGGCCAACAACAAGACUUUGAGUGACCAGCAGAGUCACGAUAUUAUUCAUCGCUUGUUGUCGCAUCUGGCUAGCCUUGAAGGGUGUAGCAUCGCACAGGCGUACAAAAAGCACUAUCUUCCGCACAAGGGUGCCAUCCUCAGUCUCAGCACAGCGGCUAUGGCGGGAAGAGUGGAAACUACCACACUCCUGCUUGAUGUUGGUCUCGACGAGGCCAUCAACAAUCUAAUAAACCCGAGAGACCAUAAUACCGUCCUGGAUAGCGCUAUUUCGUCAGCAGAGCGAAGCCGACACAUGCAUCUCGAUCUUCUGGCGGCGUACAGUCCGGGGGCACCACGAGCCCGUGCGCUUGCGGCCCAGACGGUGUUCGAUCCGCGCCAGGGCCCACCGGCGCGUGCUGCCGAGGCCUACACAGGAUUAUCAGAGGUUGUGCGGCUCUUACGCGCCCGUGAUGCAAAGCGAGCCUGUGAGCUAAUGCCAUCCUCUCACUCCGAAGUGAGUCAGGAUCAUCCUGAUGUCUGGGAUAUCACCCAGAUGUACUGGAUCGGGUUUACCCCGGAAGCUCAGCCAAAUAGAGAACGCUGGGAAAUUGUUUAUCAGCUUUCACAUCUACCCUCGGUAGGCUGGCGAGAGACGGUCGUCGAUAGUCUCAGAGAUAUGUACCAGUUCGACCUGUGGUGGCCAGAUCUGGCCAUGCUCGAGGCUAGCAUCAAUCUCGUCAAUAAGCAGGAUAAGGCUCUCGCUUCUGGUACAGUACUGAUGUCGUCCACGUUUCCUUCCGGUACAAGUACGGAAGUAGUAGACGCCGAGCUGCUUGGGCAGAUGCUUCGGAUGCUCAUUACGGCAAGGCACGACGCGGACGAUGCCCAGACAACUGAUGAGGUUGGUGAUGAUUCCACACCCGUGACCAAGUGGAUCAGGAUUCGCGAGGGGCGAAAGUAUGACCGCAGUCCUGCAUUCUCGGGUGAGCAAAUACCCGAAGUGGAACUCGUGUGGGCAGACACUGGAUUCCGGCUAGGUCAGAAGCGCGUGCGUCAGGUUAACUAA